AUGGGUGAAACUACCGAUAAGGUCGAAAAGGUCGAAGAGGUGGAGAAGGUCGACAAGAAGGACAAGAAGGAAAAGAAGGAAAAGAAGGAAAAGAAGGAAAAGAAGGACAAGGCUGAGAAGACGGACAAGGCUGAGAAGACAGACAAGGCUGAGAAGACAGACAAGGCUGAGAAGAAGGACAAGAAGCGCAAGCUGCAAGAUGGCCCCGAAUUGGAGAUCGACGUGAAUGCGCCGGAGCCAGCAUCUAAGAAGGCUCUGCGCAAAGCCAAGAAGACGAAGGAAGCCCCUGCUGCCGACGACGACAAACCGAGAUCUGAGAAGCCUGAACCCAAAAAGACGGAGUCCGCCGCGGAGAAACGCUCCGACUACGGCGUCUGGAUCGGCAACUUGGCCUUCCAGACGAGCAAGGACGACGUCCGCAACUUCUUCGUCAACGGCUGCACAUUUACCGAUGCUACAAUUACCCGCAUUCACCUUCCCAAGGGCCCUGAAAAGUUCGGAAGGUCGCAGAACCGGGGCUUCGCCUACGUGGACUUCUCGACACAGAAAGCCCUUAAAGAAGCAAUGGGACUGAGUGAGCAGCUUCUGACUGGUCGCCGCGUGUUGAUCAAGGACGCGAAAAGCUUCGAGGGACGUCCUGAGAAAUCUGAGAGCCAAAGCAAUGCAGGCCCUGUCUCCAAGUCCGGUCAUCCUCCAUCUCGCCGAAUUUUCGUGGGUAACCUGAGUUUCGAUGCUACAAAGGAAUCUCUCGAGGAACAUUUCGCCCCAUGCGGAACCGUGGAAAGUGUGCAUAUUGCAACUUUCCAGGAUACAGGGAAAUGCAAGGGAUAUGCUUGGGUGGAGUUCGAAGAGAUUGCCCACGCGGAAGCAGCGGUGAGAGGCUACGUCUUGGUUACUGAGGAAGAGGAGGAGUCUGACAGUGACUCGGACUCGGACUCUGAACCUGAAUUUGACUUUGACGCCGAGAAGAAGAAGAAGAACAAGAAGAAGUUCAGGAAGCCCAGACAACACCGAGUAUGGGUGAACAUGUUCCUGGGCCGCCGUCUGAGAAUGGAGUUUGCAGAGGAUGCGACAACACGCUACAACAAGCGCUUUGGCAAGGACAGGCCUCGGACCGAGAAUGAUGAAGAUAACGGCGAGUCCGAGGGCCAAGCCUAUGUCAGGAAGCCAAGGCGACAGGAGAUUGACGACUCCCGUUACUCCAAGGAGACCGUGCAAAAGCUCAGUGGUGCCAUUGUCGAAUCUCAGGGCAAGAAAACCACAUUCGACUAA